GCACACAGCAACUCGUCCGGCGGCCGAGCGCAUUGCGAUCAGUCGAAACCCAACUUCGGAGAGUUGAUGUUGGGACGAAAACCGACAGCCCGAUUCCGAUAUCGUUUUCGCAUCAAAACAAAAAUGAACUAAGUGUGCGACGCCUCGCCGCGUUUUGUUUCUAAUUUUUCUUUUGUUUUCUGGACGUGUGGAUCUUUUUUUUGGAUUUAUUUAAAACGUAUUUUGCUAUGUUUGUGAGUGGCGUUCGGACGGAUUUUUUAUCGAUACACCCCGCCAGACGUAAUACCAGGAAAGAAACGACUUGGACAACGAUGAUUUGGCUACUUCUUCUUGGUAUUUUCGUCUCGUCGACUCAAAGUUUGGGAUGUCCAGCUGGUUGCGUGUGCAACGAUGACACCUUCGUCGUGGAGUGCGAAAAGAGUAAAUUGGACGUAUUUCCAAUUGCUCUAAAUCCAGCUAUACAGCGGUUGGUGUUGAAAAAUAAUAAAAUAAAAACGGUGGAUGCUGCUCUUCAUUUUUACCGAGAUCUCCAAUACUUGGAUUUGUCAAACAAUCAUCUCGUUAGUAUCCCACAGGGAAGUUUCAAAGAUCAAGAAAAGUUACAAGAGUUGCAUUUGAAUAAGAAUAAAUUAUCUGUGGUGAAUAAUAGGACUUUUACCGGAUUGAAAUCGUUGACCGUUUUAAAUCUCCGUGAAAAUUUCCUGGAUGAAUUACCAAAAGACCUAUUUUAUGUUCUUCCGAAUUUGGAAGAAUUAAAUUUAGGUCAAAAUAGAAUUUCGAAAAUCGAUAAAAACGCUUUUAGCGGUUUACAUUCAUUAAGGGUGCUGUAUUUAGAUGAUAACCUUUUAAGUGCGGUUCCAACCCAUUCGUUUUCAGUGAUGGGUAACUUGGCUGAACUUCAUAUUGGAUUAAACGAAUUCACUGAUUUAAAAAGUAACGCGUUUGCCGGAUUAGGCAAACUGUCCGUUUUAGAUUUAAACGGAGCCGGAUUACCGAAUAUUAGUGAAAGUGCUUUUCACGGACUCGUCGGUUUACGUACUUUAAAUUUAGCAGAUAAUAGGUUACGUGUUAUUCCAACUGCACAACUAUCUCAUCUUCCUAGAUUGGAAGAAUUGACGAUAGGACAGAAUCAGUUUAUAACUAUUGAAGCAAACGCUUUUAAAGGAUUGAGUAAUUUGCGAAAAUUGGAUAUUACCGGAGCUCAAGAACUUGAGAAAAUUGAAAAAGGUGCUUUUUCAACCAAUUUAAAUAUGGAAACUUUGAUUUUAGCUAGCAAUAGGAAGUUGCAAAUGUUGGAGGAGGGUUCUUUGGUUGGAUUACCUAAUUUACGGCAUUUAGUUUUAAGGGCUAACGCUAUUAAGACUGUGUCGGAGUCGUUACUAUCUUGGAAUGAUCUCAAAGUUAUGGAGCUUACUGAUAAUACGAUACACUGCGAUUGUCAGCUUUUGUGGUUAAAUAAAUUGUUGCUAAAAAAGAAUUUAACCAACAUCCAAUGUGCGUCGCCGUUACAGCUUAAAGAUAAGCCGUUAAAAAUGCUUCGUGCGGAUGAUUUAGGUUGCUCAUUUAGCGAUCCUAAACAACAAGCGAUCAUGGUUACUUUAGGAAUAAGUGCGGCUGUAAUCAUUGGACUUUUAUGUUUAUUUUUGUUCAGAUACAGACAAAGGGUACGGGAAGCUUUAAAGGAUUAUAAAUGGAACAGGGCGGCGAUUAGCAGAAAAGAACACGAAUACCAAAAAACAUUUUCUGACGAUGAGUAUAUUAUGAGGAACACUCAAUCACAUAUGAAGCCGAUACCGGUGACGGAAUUGUAGCUAGAACUUAGCACGCCAGCCUCAGGGGUGUUUUGUCUUGAAGGUGGUGAAGGUCGGCGUGCUGGUAGGGCCCCGAAAGGUCCCGGUGGCACACUCCCCGUCACUGGUUUCACUUACAUAACCGGGGACACGUGCAGAGCGCACUCGUUAAGGUCCACCAAGAAUGAAAUUCGGAACGGAUUUGAACAGUACCAUCAUAGGGACGUGCACCAACAUUAACCAAAACGAUUAAGAACGGUCGUUUUAAUGUUUUGCGCGGGUGGUUCUUAUAUAAAACUGAGCAAUAAAUGAAUCCAUUCCAAUAUGUGAUUUUUACGAAAAAAAAAAAGAAAAAAUUUAUAAAUACUAAAUAGAGUUUUGUACAGUAGUGCUAAGUAUAUUUUUCUUGCUGUGUCUAUACAUUGAUAAAGAAUAGUGAUGUUUAAAAAAUGCAUUUAAAAAUAAAUAAAUAUCAUUGGGUUGAAACGUUAAUCUUGAGUAGAAAACGAUACAUCUGUCGUAUUCUUUUCUCAACUUGUCACCAAAGGUUCAUUAUUUUUAAAACAAACGGCUGAAAAGAAUUUCAUCGGCUGCCAAUUAUUUCACAUCCAAUAAUAGGUUGUCUAAAGAUAGCAAAGAAUUUUUAUUACACUCAACUAAACUACUUUCACUCACAAUCAUUCGUUAUUUAUAAGGAUUAAAUAACAAUUUAUUCA